AUGUCGUCGAAGGAAAUGAGAGCACUGGAAGAAAAAGACAUAAAACCAGGUGACUAUGUGGGCACUAGAUUUAGAGGUGGUACACGACAAGGUUAUGUUCUGCGAAUAGCGACUACAAAAGAAGAAGAUCAGAAGCCAAAGGUUAUUAAGCCACCCAAAGUAAUCUUUAGGGAUCAGCAUGGACAUGUAAUAGCACAUAAUCCCAGUACAUUAUGGAAGGAUAAAACUAAAAGUAAACAAGAUAGCAAUGGCCAUAAAGGAGAACAGGAAGACGACUAUAAAAAACCAAAUAUCCAGAUGAUUCCCGUAACAAGACGCGUGCUACAAACGAAUCAGUCGGUGCGCUACUUCUCACAAAAUACAGCCCAAACUCUUUCCCAACAGAAAAUUAAACUUCCUCAGAUUCGAGAUCAGCAACUUUUGAACGCUGCAAUAACGCAUGACACUGAUGGAAAGCAAAAGGAAAGACUACAGAACAAACUCAAUUUCGGUCGUUUGGCGUUCUUGGGCGAUAGUUUAGUGGACUACCAUGUUUGCCGCCACCUCUUUACCAAAUACCCGGCGUUUUCGGCAGGUGAAUUAACAAAUAUGCGAGCGUUGCUCGUGAAUCGUCGUCAAUUGGCACGGUUUGCGCAUGAGACAGGCCUGGAUACUCUCGUAAUGUCCUCUUCCUGUAACAGGAGCACCGUAAAGGACAAUCCAAACGUUCUUGGUGAAGCAUUGGAAGCUUAUAUCGGUGCACUUUAUCUCGAUUAUGGUGAAGAAGGUGAGCGUCAGAGACCUGGUCUAGUGACUUUGUCAAAAACAGUGAGAUUAUAUCAGGAAAAAUUGUCCACACUGUUAGAAGUAACAUCAGACCGAAUGGCAAAGUUUACACAGAUGACUCAGAUACCUGCAGCAAAAUUUAGGCCAAUGUCCACAACAGUCGUAAAGGAGGAGGAGGUUACAGGAAAGGUGGCAAUGCCUACGACGACUACUGUUUUGGAAGCGGAGGGUGGUUUACCAGAAUGUUUAGGAACUAGUGACAGCAUCUCGUAUAAAGAGUACACCAAGCCAAUUAUUUACUCAAAUAAAUCGUUGAUGAAAAUAAUUCUAGAAGACAAAUACUUGUUAUAA